GGUAUUUGUUGUAAGCCAACAUCGGUCAUAAGUGUAUCCACAGUUCUGUUGAAUAAGAUUGCGUUGAAUUUAUCAGUCCUAUUCGUCACGUCGGUGCAGAUUGUUGUACCAUUUAUUAAUUGGUAUCGUUUAAAUAGAAUACUUAUUUGAAAUAAUAAUUUUAGACAAUGGUGAAGUCCAAGAAAGAAAUCCGCACGAAAGUUAUGAAGGAGGGCGAGUUUAUCCCUCCCGACGGCGGCUGGGGGUGGAUGAUUGUCCUCGCCGCGGGAUUUUCUAAUCUGUUCGCGCUACCGAUGCUGCAGCAGUUCGGCCUCCUCUUCCGCGACAAGUUCUCUCGGCUCGGCAUCACCAGCUCGGAGACGACCACAAUAAUCAACAUGAACUCGGCGCUUACCUCUUGCGUCGGUUUGGCGAAUGGACCGGUGUUCAAAACGUUCAGCUAUCGUCAAGUAUCCCUCACGGGGGCUGUCGUGGUCUUCAUAUCUUUACUUUUAACAACCUUCUCUUACAAUUUCAUGACUUAUUUAUUGUCAUUCUCAAUACUUUAUGGUGUCGGAUAUGGAAUCAGUAGUUCCGCGAAUGCCCUCGCAUUAAAUACUUACUGGAAAAAAAGAAGGCGACUAGCGACUGGCCUUUCGUGGACCACAACAGGAAUGGGACCGAUGUUAUGGCCGCACAUAAUUACAGGAUUAUUUGCCCUUUUCGGGGAAACUGGAGCUAUUUUUAUAAUAAGCGGACUGUCCCUCCACGCGAUAGCAUGCGCACUUUUACUGCAGCCAGUGGAAUGGCAUUCGAAAUCACCGAAAGAACAAGACGAAGAGAAAUUGUUAACCCCAGAUCUGCUAAAUGACCAUAAAAUGCCCGAAGAGAGCGGUUAUUUCAGUCAAGUGUCAAAAAUUAAGAAUCUUAGCUUAUUUUCAAGUCAAUACCUUUAUAACGAAGAUGAUCCGGUUACACCUGGUUAUGAAAUCACGGAUCCCGGCGUUCCAAUGAUGUUAAGAGCCAAUGAUGGAUACUUCAGCCAGUCGAGACAAUCCAAAAGUCGUAUAUCUUCUAGGGAUGGUUCCAAUCGAACUUCACGUCUUAAUUCUAAGAAACCAUCAAUGUCGAAUUUACUUGAAAAUAGAUCAAGAAAAUCCUCAACUUUAUAUCUCAAUGAAUCUAAAAAGAACUCAUCGGCAAAUUUAGGUGCACUUGCACAAGAACGUGAAGGGUACAAACCAAAACGUAAAACGUCAAUCAAUUUAGAUACUCAGAUUCCAGAAUCUGAGAUAGAAGAUUGUCCUACACUUAAGGCACCUCAAGAUUUAAAGGCGGAAGAGAAAGCUGCAGUCGAGAACAUAGAUCCAAGAGAAGCAAAAUAUAUAGCUGACAGAGCUGAGAAACAUCUUGCAGGCAGUAAAAGCGUUAAAUCAUUCAAAAUGGACGGUCAAUAUGGAGAAAAAUAUAACAAGGAUAAUCAAAGCAAUGUUUCUUUUAAAAAUCAAGAAGAGAACGAAGAAAAGAAAUAUCUCAAAGACAAUCAUAGCAAUCAAUCAUAUCGUACGAGAAAUCGAAGGAAAUCGAAUAAUUUCAAUUAUGAAAGUGAAGUACUUAAGCAAGCUUCAUUAAAAUUAGAGCAAUACUUAAAAGAAAGUGAGGAUAAAUCACAAAGCGAUAAAUUUAAGCUUCUAAUAAACAGCCCAGUAGAAGAUGAAGUAUUUGAUGAAAAGAAAGAAGAGAAGGAACAAGAGGAUGUUGAAGAACAGCUAACUUUUUGGCAGAAAGUAGCGAUAUUUUUCGAUUUGGACCUACUAAAAGAUUUCACUUUCAUAAAUUUGAUGUUGGGUAUAACAUUAGCAAAUUUUAAUGAGCUUAACUUUUCUAUACUUACUCCAUUUAUUUUAGGCGAUUAUGGUAUGACGAAACCACAAGUGGCAUUUUUCAUGUCGUUAUUGGCCGGAGUUGACCUUUGCGUUAGAUUUUGCAUUCCAUUUAUAGCUGGAAAAAUUGGAUGGGACAAUAAUUCCUUUUUCCUGUUUGGAGUGUUAUCGAUGGCUUUUGGAAGAGUAGUUUUAUCUUUCUGUCAAACAUAUUCAGUAGUUCUCUUGGUAGCUGUGAUGAUAGGUUUCGGCAAAGGGUUUCGAACAGUUUUCAUGGCUUUAGUAAUACCAACACAUGUACCUCUGCACAAGUUACCAGGUGCUACAGGCAUACAAUUACUUACAGCUGGUAUCGUUUACUUAGCAUUGGGACCAGUAGUAGGUUGGAUCAAAGACAAUACUACAACAGCCGUGACGUUGCAUUGUCUGAACAUCUUCACCUGGCUGACAGCGUUCUCAUGGGGCUUAGAGAAAUAUAUCACAAUGAAACGACAGAAAAAUUCAAAAGAAAUCACUAAAACGUAAAUACAGAAGUUUAUGUUAAUUAGUAAAUAGGUUAAAUGUGUUUAGAAUUCAUUGUAAUUGUUCGAUUAAUAAAAUGUUAAUGAGUCGAUGUCGAGGGCCAAUGCUCUGGAGGUCGGACGAAAAUGUGACGCGGCGUCAUUUAUUUAUCUAUCAUCUAUGAUGUUUGUUGUUUUUUAAGUUGUGGAAAAUAUUUGACAUGUAGUUAGUUAAUAGAUUUGUGUGCGCGUUUUGUGUAAAUGUUAUGUGUAAAAAUGUAAAUCUUUUAGUGUCAAUUAGAUAGUUUUUAAUUUAUAAAUGAGAUUUUAAUUAUACUACAAAUAUGGGUAAGAUUAAGAAAUGUUUAAAUUCAAUCGAUAGAUGUCACAUUUUUGUUAAGUAGAAUGUAUCGAAACAUGUUGUCUGUUUAAACAUGAACUGGAAAGUACAAUAUAGGUCGACAAUAAAAUUAUUAAAAAAUAAAGAACUAAGGAUGUAGUUGAGUAGGUAAUGCGUUAUUGCAAAACGAGUAAGUGAUUUUGUUUCUUUUAGUCCAAAAAUUGCAUAGUAAAUUAUGAUAAAAAAAUACUACUAGUU